GUCACUCCCAUGAGGCCCACCGUUGCAGCGUCAUGACGUGUUUGUUGUGAGUGUUUUCUGUCGGAGCCGGUAACAGCGGGUCGUACUGCUCCAUGGGCCUUUCGGUGGCGCUGUCAUUCUUACGUUUGGUUCCGAGAGUUGUCAGAAGUUAGCCGACGUGAAGUUUUCGUUCGUGUUGACGAGCGGCGUGAUCUCGCGAUGUCAGGUUAUAACCCUAACAGCUGGUUAAGUAGGGACUUGUAGAACCCAUUACUCAGGAAGGAUCGGCUGAGAUUUUUUUUCUUUUUCUGACCAUUCCUCCGUUUUGGUUUUGGUUCCUCCUCUGAUUCGCAUCAUGGCUUCACCGUUUCUCGCUGUCACCUGAUUCCGAGAGGAAAUGGGUACAAAGAUUGGAGUAAUCAUGUUUUUGUCCAGCCUCCCGCUGGAGCUCGUAGCCCUGCAGAGAGCGGUCAUGUCUCACUAGACUAACACGUAAAGGGAACGGGAGCAUUCUGUCAUUUAUUUUUUCUGGCUCUUCUUUUUUAAAUAAACGAAAGCGCGCCACGAGCUUGCAUGAGCCACCACCAUCAUGCCGGACAGUGAGCGGCGGUCUCUGCCUGUAGUCAGGAAGCUGAGCUACGCGGUGGGUCACUUUCUGAAUGACCUGUGCGCCUCUAUGUGGUUCACCUACCUGCUGGUCUUCUACCAUUCCGUGCUGGGCUUCUACAACACUAACGCGGGCCUGUUGUUACUGGUCGGUCAGAUCGCAGAUGGGAUCUGUACUCCUUUAAUCGGCUACGAGUCGGACCAAACCCCGGGCUGUGGAAACUAUGGGAAAAGGAAGACAUGGCAUUUAGUGGGCACGCUGAGCGUGGGAGUCUCCUUUGCCUUCAUCUUCAACCAGUGUCUGGGCUGCACGUCCAACACCCCUCAGUGGGCCAGCCUGGUCUACUUCUCCCCAUUUAUCAUCAUAUUCCAGUUCGGCUGGGCCGCCACGCAAAUCUCUCACCUGUCGCUCAUCCCUGAGCUGGUUUCCUGUGAACAUGAUAAAGUGGAACUCACAGCGUACAGGUACGCUUUCACCGUCAUCGCCAACAUCACGGUGUUCGCUGUGGCUUACUUGCUGUUCCACGUCCAGGGGGGAGGGGGCGACCCGCUCAGUGACGCUCUGGGACCGGCAGACGUCCCGGUCUUCAGGAAUCUGGCGUUGAUCGUGCUCGGAAUCGGCGCUCUCUUCUCCGUCAUCUUUCACCUCGGAACCACAGAAAGCCGGAAACCUGGAUCUAAGGAGGAGGAGGAGGAGGAGGGUGAGGAGGAGGGUGAGCGGAGGCCCCUGCUGCCGUCCUCCAACACUUCUUCUCCUUUUCUUCAGUGGAAAUGUUGGCUUCUGCAGCCUUCCUUCUACCAGGUGGCUCUGCUUUACAUGUCCACCAGGUUAAUCGUCAAUCUGUCUCAGACGUACAUCUCCAUGUAUCUUCUCAACACUCUUCAGCUUCCUAAGAAUUUCAUUGCAACCAUCCCAUUGGUCAUGUACCUCAGUGGCUUCCUGUCCUCCUUCAUCAUGAAGACUCUCAGUAAACUCAUCGGAAAGGCUCUCACCUACUUCGUAGGGCUGCUGCUGAUCAUGGCGUUCUCCUACUGGGUGCUGCUGGAUGACAAGAUGGGCCAGCAGAUCUACGGCGCCGCCGUGCUGCUGGGAGCCGGCUCCGCGACCAUCCUGGUCAUCUCGCUCGCGAUGACGGCCGAGCUGAUCGCCGACCAGACGCAAAGCGGAGCGUUUGUAUACGGAGCCAUGAGUUUCACCGAUAAGUUGGCUAAUGGGUUCGCUGUCAUGCUGAUCCAGGCACUACAUCCCUGCCAUACUGUGGCGUGCUGUCCGGCCUGCGUGUGGUUCUAUCAUUACAUCAUGGUGGCGGUGACGGGAGGCGUGGCCGUGGUGGCAGCGCUUGCUCUCUGCUCCAUCCUCAUCUGGCCAAUCAAGAUCCGACCACGUGAUCUGCAAGUAGUGACAGAAGAUGCUCCUUCAGUGAACGGACUACCAGCUUCCUGAGCUACAUGGAAUGUUUUUCCAGGAAAAAACAGGGAUUCAUCCGAAUGUCUCUUGAAGCAAUGCAUCAUGGGAAACAGUCAGGGAAAUAAUGGAAUUUUUAAGAUGACUCCUUUUUUUUAAGGUGUCUCCAGCAAAGACUUUUUUCCUUUUCAAUCUAAAAACAAAAAAAUGGGGGAAGUUACUUCAGUGGAACACACACUAAUGCUCCCCGCAGCCAUUUUCCCCACAUCCCUCCAAACACUAGCAUCUUAAGGUGAGCGUUAAACGGGGAUGGUCUCAGAACUAUAGGGAAUAACUACACCUGGUAAAGCUGCACUUUCAUUGAAGGCAUUCGUCUAUAUAUUAUAUAUUUUGGUGUAAUGAUUAUUUUUGUCCUUCCUGUCUGCUUCCGUUUCCCUUCCACCGAACUUCCCCAGUAAAUGUGCAGACUCCAAAAAUACGGGGUGAAAAGCACUUUAAUCUCUGAGCUUUAUGUUGAAUCUGACUUGAUCGUCAACAUCUGUGGUUUAAAGGGAAACCCAAAAUCUGCACAAACAUGUUUUUUUUUCCCUUUCUGCACUGAUCAAAAAGGGAAGCGCGCCAAUCACGAGAUCUAACCUUCCUGCUUUUCGUUUUUUCCUUCAUUACUAGACUUAAUAUGUACAAUUACUGCCUUUGAUUUAACUGUUUUAGCUGCAAUCUUGACGUUUAUUUUGAAGCAAACUAUCUGCACUUACAACGUCUAGAUUCUGACGUGGCUGACUCACGCCACACGUGAUGAGGGACUAAACCGUCUGAGUACGGUAGCUAAUGUGGAACAAAUCUACAGCUGAAGAGUUUUGGAAACAGCAGCAGCAGCAAAGCUUUUUUUCCAUGGAGUUCAUGUUUAUUUAUGUAGAAAAUCUCCAGUAAACCAGUCUACUCACUGGAACGCUAAAACUUUAAAGGGAAGGAGAUGAAAGCCGCUUGGCAGCGCACAAUGUGAAGUCAAACUGUAUCCACCUUGAUUUGGUUGGUUUACCUUCCUAGUUGAUGUUUACUGUGGAGCAAUAACUGGCCAUGUGUGAGAUUUUUUUUUUUUUGGAAAUCCUUUUCUGCUGUUUGUACUUUAUGGUUUUACCAAAGAUCAAAAAUCCAAAAGAAAAUGGAAAAAAAGGGAUUCAUACUGAGAAGCUUUGGAGCCAUGAUGAUGCUAUGGGAUGUUUGCUCACUGGAACAUUCCGGAUAAACUUUUUGAAGUGUGCUGUUUUUUCCUGUGUUUGAAGGGAUCUCCAUUAAAAACAUUUAUUUCAGGUUAACGUUGAAA